UUGCAUCAUAUAAUAAAGACGUAUUGGCGCGUCGGUACAGAGUACCGACAUUACAUUCCCAGUGUAACGGUUUCAACGGUUUUUCAUUUUGGAUAAAGAUGUCUUCAAGAGUCGCAAUGGAGGAAAAAAUUAGUGGGAAUACUUCUAUAGAGAAUACAGAUAGCAAUACUAGUCCAGCGAAAAAGACGUCAAAAACAAAUUCUGUGAAAUCACAACGAUCAAAAGUUUGGCAUCCACCGACUUCAGAAAUGGUAAAGGCCGCCAUUAAGGAGUUGAAAGAUCGUAAGGGAUCGUCUCUUCAAGCUAUCAAAAAGUAUAUCGCAUCAACGUACAAAGUUGAUGGAGAAAAGUUCGCACCUUACAUCAAGAAAUAUUUGAAGUCUGCUGUUACUUCUGGCGCUGUUAUUCAGACGAAAGGUAAAGGUGCUUCUGGAUCGUUCAAGUUGUCUGUAAGCAAGGGCUCAGAAUCUAAGACGACAGUUGAAAAACCAGUGAAAGUAGCCGAACAGAAAAAGAAAGCAAAGAAAUCUGUAGAGAAGAAGACAACGCCGAUACGAAAACAACCCGUCGCGGUCGUGGCGUCAAAGAAAACUAACCCCGUAAAGAAGACUGAAACCGCCAAGAAAUCGGCAGCAACUGCUAAGAAGGCUCUUGUUAAAGCUGAAAAGGUUGAGAAAACCGAAAAAGUCAAACCUGUAGCUGAGAGCAAGACCAAGUCUAAGAGUAAGAAGACGACUAAGGCACCCGCAGCAAAAACGAAAACGCCGAGGCCAAAGAAAGCUGUUACUUCCAAAGCAGCUAAAUCUGCAGCCAAGAAAUAAUUAAAACAUUUUCGUAAAUACACUUAUUAAACCAAAUGGCCCUUUUCAGG